AGCUGUCAGAUGAUAUCAGUGAUGCCGUAUCUGCUUUAUCAUGUGAAUAAGUUUAUAAUUGGACUCUGGACGGGCUCAUUUACUUUCUGAUUAAAGAAAGGUUUGCUUUUGCUUUUGCUUUCGCUGGCGCAACAAAAAAAAUUGAGUAAUGGCUCCUGGAUUAUCAAUACCGCUCAAUCGCUAUGAACCUGAAAAUGUAGGCAUUAAAGCUGUCCUAAUUGGACCUCCAGGAUCUGGCAAGGGAACUCAGGCUCCACUGCUGAAAGAGAAGUUCUGUGUAUGUCACUUAUCAACUGGAGACAUGCUCAGGGCUGAGAUCACCUCAGGCUCAAAGCUAGGAGCUGAUCUCAAGAAAGUCAUGGACCAAGGCAAACUAGUUUCCGACGAGUUAGUUGUGGAUUUGAUAGAUAACAACCUCGACAAACCAGAAUGCAAAAAUGGUUUCCUUCUCGACGGUUUUCCACGUACAGCGAUACAGGCUAAGAAGCUUGACGAGUUGCUGGAGAAGAGGAAAACUGAAUUGGAUGCUGUUGUUGAAUUUGCCAUCGAUGAUAGCUUGCUCGUGAGGAGAAUUACUGGACGUCUUAUUCACACAUCAAGUGGACGAUCCUACCAUGAAGAAUUCCAUCCACCUAAAGUUCCAAUGCGUGACGAUGUUACAGGGGAACCUCUCAUCAAGAGGACAGACGACAACGUAGAGGCUUUGAAAAAAAGACUCGAGUCAUAUCACAAGCAGACUAAGGUACUGAUUGAUUAUUACGCCCAGAAGGGCUUACAUUUCAGAGUAGAUGCUGCCAAGCAGGCCAGUGAUGUGUUUGCCAACAUUGAUAAUAUAUUUCAACGCCAACGCAGCAAACGCGCUGUUUCGUGAUUGCUUUUUAAGACCUUAACAUGUAUUAAAGAAGAAAAAUUAUAGUAAAUUGUUUUGGUUUUGAUAUA